UUUCACAUAAAAAUAUUUCCGCCGUAAGUUGGAAUUCGGUCAGUCUCCUCAACUCACAUGCUUCCUCUCUAGAGACUCAUCUUUGGUAGUUUCGUUAAGCCAGUCAGUCAGCCAACAUCAUUAGUGAAACUCUUCUGAAUGAAAGUCACGAAUCCAACAUAGCAUCUAAUAGUUUGCAGCAUCGUUCAAUAAUAGUUUCUAGUCUAAGAAAACAAACAUCAAAAUAUUCAUCACAAAAGCAUCUGCGGUGCUCUUUCGCGCUAUGGCCCCUACAAUUCGCGGAUACCGCACGAUAUCGAUCUCGCUGCCGCACAAAACACCUCAAGUUCAAUCGAUUCCUCGCAAGUCACAGCAUCAACGCGCGACGGACGGCAAGAAUUUUUCCACAUCGUAAAAACAAGAUUUCAACCACAUUCUUCAGUCGUUCAGUUGCUGCUGCUACUGCUAGAACCGGCGCGGAACGAUCUUCGAUGGUUGCAGAGCGUGUGUUUCGGGUGUAGAUCGCCGCGCGCGCAGUAGGCUGGCGCGGUUUGGAAGAUCAACAGGCAGUCAGUGCCUACUGCGGAGUAUAGUGUAACCAUGGUGAGGUGGCAGUAUUAUUCACAGCAUCGCGUCGUCGCCGCUUGCUGAGACCGGGAUGGGAAGGACGGAUGUGAGCAGUUUGAAAAUGUGAGCGCACGCAAUUAGGCGUGGAACGGUUCUCUUCUUUCCGAAUGGUACCUUCACCUGAACGUGCAAGUGUAAAUGGGCUUCUGCAGGAAAUAGGCAUAACUGAAUUCCGUUUUUUUAUUCGUGCUGAUGGGAUGAAGAAUUUCGAAAAGCCGGAAGAAAAACAAGUUCAUUGUGGUGUCCAAAAAAGGUGGAAAUCCGUCGCAAUUAUAACGAGCGAUGAAGCAAGUGAUCUGUGGUCUCAUCAAGUAUCGAAAUUGUGGGUAAUGCAUGUAGGUGUGUUCCAAUGAAGUGAAACGAGUUUCGUGUCGUUAUAGAUGAAUCCAUGAAGACGUAGAAAACCAAUUGUGCUAAGGUGUUCCAGAUGUGCUCAUUAGUGGAGAUGAAAGUGCUUAAUAUGAAUGUAGUUGAAGCAGCAUCAUUAUUACUAGCAAAACGAGAGGAGCAACAGUGCCAGUGGCUGCAGCAUCAGUACUUCAAAUUCCGUUAUAGUGAAAAUGUGAUCCACUGGGAACUGGAACGCGUUAAAUGCUGAAACACAUACACUCUGGCCCCGUGUCUGGUCAAAACAGAUCUACACGGGGUCUCAGCCGGGCGGCCCAACCGCUGAACGUGUCGACAGUGUCGGCCACUUCAGUGACACCGUCCUCGACGAAACACAUGAAUGGAGGACCGCCUAGGCUGUUGUCGUCAUUCAUAACUCCGCUGCCGUCGGUUUCGUCCAACAGCAACAAUCUCAAUGCAACAAACAAUAACAACUCAACAACGAACAACAACAUCCUGAGUAGCACCACUGUAAAUAUUAAUAAGGAUCGACUGGGCGCGCGAGAAGCUUUAACGAGCUUAGGAUUAUUAUGUUUAGUGUCUCUUUUGUUAGCUUUAUUAUCGUUAAUAUUUUUGUUGAAAAUUUCUCCCGGUGGCCGAGAGCCCCCGCCACCGACGGUUGGACCGGCAGUCUUGGAGGACUACGCGAUCGUCUACGACGUGACGCUGGCGCUGUGUGCCCUUUCGCUGUCGUUGAACCUGUGCUGCCUGCUGGUGUGUGCCAUCCAGUUUCUGUUUGCUGUUAAAUUAGUCCGUGCACCUGCAACUACCGGAAG